CAAGUGAGAGUGCGCGUUUAUAAGUAUCAUUACGGUAAUAUCGCGCCAACGGAAGAGUGUGCGGCACUAUCACUGUGUUUACGGUAAUAUCCGCAACAACCGAGAAGCUGCGCUAACAGAAGCGGACUGUUUCCCUGCGAUGUUUGAGGUCUGUUCCAUCAUACCUGAUGUUCAUUGAAGCAACGAAGAAAGUUGGAGCAACAGCAGUGUCAGAAACCUCAGAAUCUUGUAAAGCUAGAAAUGUUUUCUAGUUUAAAGAAGAACAAGAUUUUCUCUCCAAAAAGGAAGAAAAGGACAGAAGCAAGCGAGCCUUUCACCUGUUCUCACUGUGGAAAGUGUUUAAAAAACAAAGGUCAUCUUCAGAGACACGUGAGAAUUCACACUGGAGAGCGCCGAUACACAUGUACUCAGUGUGGAAAGAGUUUCAACUGCAAAUCAGCGCUUGAGGUGCACAUUAGAAUUCACACUGGAGAGCGUCCUUACACAUGUCCGCAGUGUGGAAAGAGUUUCAAACGCAAAUCAACGCUUGGGAAGCACAUUAGCAUUCACACUGGAGAGUGCCCAUACCCGUGCCCUCAGUGUGGAAAGAGUUUCAAACGCAAAUCAACGCUUGCGAAGCACAUUAGAAUUCACACUGGAGAGCGACCAUACCCGUGCCCUCAGUGUGGAAAGAGUUUCAAACGCAAAUCCACACUUGAUGACCAUGCGAGAAUUCACACUGGAGAGCGUCCAUACACAUGUCCUCAGUGUGGAAAGAGUUUCAGACAGAAAACAAGUCUUGAGGUGCACAUUAGAAUUCAUACUGGAGAGCGUCCAUACACAUGUCCUCAGUGUGGAAAGAGUUUCAAACAGAAAUCAAAUCUUGAGGUCCAUAUGAGAAUUCACACUGUAGAGCGUCCAUGAACAUGUCUUCAGUGUGGAAAGAGUUUUCAGCAUAAAUAGUAGAUUUGCUGUUAAUUUACUCAUCAAGAUGUUUCUUCAGUAGAGCAGGAAGGGUUUUUAGCUGCUACCCGUGAUAUCAAGACCAGUAAAAAUGUGUACAAUUACAAAUACAUAAAUGACUUCAUUGAUUUAAAUUAAAUUAACCGUAAUGUCUCAAAAAAGCUUUGCCCAUACCUCUUUGAAUUUUUGUACAGUACACAGACAUGAUCACUUCUGAUAUACAGGUCAAUGUCUUGUGUUCUCUUCAGGUUCAGUGUGAAUGAUGUCAGAGGUGAUUUCAUGUUCAGUGUCUCAACAUUGAUCUGACACUAAAGAACAACCGUGAUGUUGUGUUUUGUGUCUGUAAGUUAUUGAGUUAGAGGAGAUCAUCCUGAAAGUGUGUUUGAAUGAUGAGAUGAAGUUGAUUUUAUUUCUUGCGUAAAUACUUUUAGUUUUCUCUUUAUGUUUCAUAUUCUUGAUGUGUUUGUUGUCUUCUCUUAAGCUCUAUAUGUUAUUAUACAGUAAAGUC